CUUUCUGAUUGGCUGAGAAAUGAUCGCGAGCCGCAGUACUAAAUGGUAAUCAUCCUCUUUUUGCAUCCUGCACAACCUGAAGUAACAUCUGGAUCGUUUUAACAUCAGAGAAACUGUCUCCAGCUGUCCUUGCGUUGGCUCCAGUUGUCAGAGGAAUAACUAAACUCAGAUGGGUCAGGCACUGUGGAGGCUUCCUCCCAGACAACAGCAACAGCUUCAGGAAGAGCUAGCAGACCGACUGGCUGAUCGAGGAGGAGGAAGACGAGAGCAAGGGAGAGCUGGAGGAACCCAAAGAAGAGGUCCCCAGAGCUGUUACAGUCCAGACAUCUACCAUCUGCUGAGAACUCGCAAAGGAGGCAAAGAGCAGCAUGGCUUUAUAGAUUUGGAGAUGCUUCCACCAGAAUUAGGCAUCACUAUAUUGUCUUACUUGAAUGCUACGGACCUGUGCCUGGCCGGCUGUGUGUGGCAGGAACUUGGAAAUGACGAAUAUCUGUGGCAGGGACUGUGUAAGUCAACUUGGGGUCACUGCUCCAUCUACAACAGAAGACUACCGGUUGGUUUCUCCUAUCGGAGACUUUACCUGCAGCUGGAUGAAGGCAGCCUAACAUUCAACGCUAACCCUCAGGAGGGUAUCAGUUAUUUCAUGUCUAAAGGAAUACUCGUGGACCAUCCCACUGAGCUUGCCAAGUUCAUCUUCUACACCAGACGGCUCAACUGGAAGAUGUUAAGGAUUUACCUGGAUGAAAGGCGUGAUGUGCUGGAUGAGUUAGUGACCCUCCAUAACUUCAGCAACCAGUUCCUGCCCAAUGCUCUGCGGGACUUCUUUAGACACAUCCAUGCACCAGAGGAAAGAGGAGAAUAUCUAGAAACCCUGAUCACAAAGUUCAGCCACAGAUUUUGUACCUGCAACCCAGGCCUUGUUCGAGAACUGGGCCUCAGUCCUGACGCUGUGUACGUGCUGUGCUACAGUCUGAUCCUGCUGUCAAUCGAUCUCACCAGUCCUCACGUCAAAAACAAAAUGUCCAAGAGGGAGUUUAUCCGGAACACUCGCCGAGCAACCCACAAUGUCUCUGAUGACUUUGUGGGUCAUCUCUAUGACAACAUAUACCUGAUAGGACACGUGGCUGCGUAGGUCACCUGGCGUGCUGCACUGGGUGUGCUGCAGAAUUCCUUAAUCUGCACUGAACAAGUGGAAAUGGUUUUCUUAACACACCUGGAAUGUAUCGAACAUUGUGGAGAACUGAUUUUAAUCUUUUUUCUGAUCUUGUAUUUAAAGGUAUAUUACAGCCAGAAUAACAUGAGUAUUGAAAUCAGUAGAAGCUCAAAUUUACCACUGCACUGCGAGAGCUGGUGUGUCUCUCACACACGGUAACGUUCCGCGGUUUUAAUCGAAGGUGUGAAACAAGGCAUUUGAAAUGUCCAUAGGACCAAACCGCUACAAUGAAGGAGGCUUUAAAGUGGAGCGGGUCAGAACCCGAAGAUGAACUCUGAUGCUGCACUGACAGAUGAGGACUGCUGGUUGGUGGAGGGAGCUGAAGCACUGCCUGGCCUGUCACAGGUGUGAGACCACGAUGCUCUGAAGCUGCUGCUUUUUAUUCACUCAAAAACUGAUCCGCUUGAGUCCAGAUCCUUUGUGGGGCUGCUAGCUGAUAGUGGCAGUGAGGUGUGUGUCCAUCUGACAUCUUUUUUUUUGUUUUGUAUUUGUUUGCUGUAACAGCUGACAACAUGAGCAGCAUAGGUGGGCACAGCUAACUUUACAGUUAGCUUCAGUACUCACUAAUCUGCUCACUGGAACGGUAACUGUAAUAAUGCUAAACUGCUAAAGCAUUUAGCUGAAGCUACCAUUAACUCAACUUUUAUGAUACAAAUUUAGCUUCAGCUUUUUUUUUUCUGCUCUAAAACCAUAAAAAGUAAACCUAAAGAGCUCAAAUGUUAGUAUGUUGUAGUGUAAACAUGGAGGUUCUCAAAAAAAGGGUUAGCAUGCCAAGAUAGGCAAUGAUCAAGAUGUAUAUAAAUAAUUAAAUGAAAAACGGGUAGUUUAUUCAAAGUACAGAAAGUAUUAAACAAAGAAGAAUUAAGAAGUAAAUGUAAAUUUUAAUCAAACUGCUUUCAUGCAAUGUGUUAGUUUUGCUUACUGGAUUACUGUCCAAGUUCCAAGAGGAACAAAUAUGUAUACACGCAUUUUUUGACUGUGAAACAUUACAAAAAAAAAAAAAAAAAUUGCUGACUUAAGGUUAGCGCAACUGGUCUACUAAUGGCUUUCAAAGUUAGCCAAAAAGUUAAUCCGCUAAUGGAGAAUCUAAUUAGAUGUUAGCUGUGCCCACCAGUGAUGCACAUCAUGUUCCAGGUUAACACCACGACACAGAAUGAUUCACUAAACAGUUUUAACAGCUGAAAUUCUAAUGAAUGGCCAAACUGCUCCCAUCCAUAAAACUAGUGCCUUGCUAAAGGUAAACAACUAAUCUCUGCUGUGCAUCCAGUAGUAACUACAGAAAGUUCUGAUUCACUAGAACCAUGUUUCUGUGGAUGAUGUCUACCCCCCACCAUUUUUGAGUUUAUAUGUUAAUUGACAGGUUAAUUUUUUUAUAGCAUUACUCAUAGCAUUGUCACACCUCUGAGUGCUCAACUCACCUUUCAGUGAUUGACAAAUUCCCUUUUUCCACAGUUUUAUUUAGGAAGGAAUGAAUGAAAAUAAACAGUCCUCUUAGAUCUCGAACGGCGGUAUUCCGAACCUUCCAUUUGCAUAGUGUAGCUAUUAAUGUUAUUGCAUGUUAUGAUUAAUUACACCAAAAUAUAGGUAAUGGUAGUCAUUUACUAAAAGGGACUAUUUAUCCACUGGUGAUCUUCAAAGUGUAAAUGUAGAUGAAAAUUUAACAUCCAGCUUCAGAGUGUAGUGAGAGAGAAAUGAGAGAUCCAUGGGUCAGAGCAGCAGUAAGCAAAUCCGCUUCAGCUAACAUCUUAAGAUUGAUGCAGAGUUGAUAUAAACUGAUACAUAAGAAGAAAAAAAAAAUACACCUGCCAGACCAUAUUUCGUCAGAUGUCACUGUACCACUAAAUGUACAGAAUAGGAUGCAACAAAACCCAUGAAACCAAGAAACUGCAAUAUUUAACUUAGGAACCAUGAGGUGUGUAUCACUAAAAAGUGAGUUCUGCAACACUGACUACAAAUUAUAUUUUCUUCACAUGCUUGUUUUUAAUGUGAUUCUGCAAAAUGCACUGUAAAAACUUGAGGUAGAAUGUUCAGGUUGAGAAAAAUGCAGAUCCUCAUGCUAGCUGUACAUUUCAAAUAAUGUUAUUCCAUUGUUUUUUAUUUUGUGCAAGGCUUUUGUUCUAUACUCUUAGGAAAGCUGACAGGAGUGUACUGUGAUUUGAACCAUUUUGGACCAUAACGAAGGUGCAUCGUCACACCCGUAGUACUGACAAUUACAUGUUAGAUUGCAAGCAUUAAUUUCCAUGGUAUUUUAUGUAUACGGUAGAAUUUUCCCAGUUCGCACUCAUUCAUUUCUUCCUAAACUAAUGUUUCUAAAGUGGAAUUCUUGCAAACAAUGUAAUCAUCAGAGGUGAGUCAGGAGUUUGAUGCUAACAAUCAUUUUGACAAGUGAUGUUAAAGACAGUGAGUUGAUCCUUUUAGACCUUUACACACUAAGAGUGAUGAAAAUAAAUGACAAAAAAUGCAACUUUUUUCUGAGGUGGUCCUGUUGUCAUGAUGGUUUUUGUACCAAAAGCAGCACAUCUUCUGCCUUUUGAAAAGGUAAAUUUAAAAAGAUGUUACGAUUUGCACAAACUCAAUUUUGAAAUGUCAAAACCCAAGAUUUUUUAAUCGAUAGGCUUCGCUCACACUUGUUUUGACAUUUGCAAAGAUGAAGCAGGGGGAAAAACUGAAUUUUUCUCAAUGAUUUAUCCAUUUCAAGCACCAUAUUCUGAAAAAUUGUUAACCUUUAACAAAUAGAUAAGGUUUGAGUUCUGCGCUAAACAUCCUCAAAGGUGUGUAAUAUCACCUCUCCAGCACAUUAAUUAGCUGUGUAUUUUCAACACAGCUAAUUAAUUUUUAAAACUGCAAUACUGGGCAUCACAGCUGGCCUGUAAAUGGGUAGAGUGAGUGCUGUGUGUAGCAGGAGCAGAAUAUUUGACCAGUGAUUUCUGGUAUGGUCCAGGGUUGUGUUCUGGCUCCAACACCGUUCAGUGCUUACAUGGACGGGGUGUUGGGUGGAGUACUGGAACCAGCAGAUUAGGUGCCUUUGUUGAUAAGGAAAGGUAACAUUCAUAUCUUUGGGUCCUUGUCUUUUGAGAUUUGGCAAUGGCAGUACCUUUGAGGAGAAUGAAGUUUCAACUUUUUAGGGUUCUAGUUCACCCGGUCUUACUGUAUGAUUGUGAGACUUGGACACUAAAGGAGAUUUGACGUCUUUGGUUCUUGGUCUCCUCAGACGAUCCUUGGGUACUGCUGGAAUGACUGCCGAAUAGUUAAUAAGGGAGACUCAGAUGAGGUGUACCACUUACAUUGUGAGGGAAUGUCAGCUAUGACUUUAGGACACGUGAUGUAUUUCUCUUGACAUGAUCCAGAAGGCAGGUGCUUCUGUGUUAACCUCGGCAACUGAAGAAGGCCAAAUGGACGCUCACGUUGCACCAGCUGGAGAAGAUUGAUGUCUACUUUCAAGAGUUGGGGAUGAGCUGCUUCUCUGCCUGGGUGGUUGCCAUCCAGAACACAAGGCAAUUUCAUUGUGUGGUGAAUGCGGCAACAUGUGAGACCAAUGCGUUGUAUUUUCUACGUACCUUAAAUAGGUGGAUUGUAUUUGUCAAUGCAGAAACAUGUCUGAGAUGUUUUUAAUGGAUUUCUCAAACUACAAGUGUGUGACGUACACUGUUGAGGGCAAACUGACAAAAGAAACACAAAAUUAACAACUGACUGUGAAAGUGAACUCAGCCACCGCCAUUAAAAAUCAGCUUACCUUGAGUGUUCACACAUUCACGUGGAACACUGUUUGCCAUUGCAAGAAUGACUCCCUUCACGCCGGACGCAGCACGCAAUUAGCUUUUACCCAGCAGCUAGCAUGUAGCCAUAGCUAAUAGCGAAACAACGUCACAGUACUCACCAAAUGUAACCAAAGCAACAGACAGGAUGACACACUGAUGCAGUUAAUUAUUUUUCCUCUAAUAGGGGAUAAAACAACAGCCACAACAUUUAUAUACAUUUUUUUCUAAGUUUCAUUUAAAUCAAUUGCAGUUUAAUUCAGCUGUAAUCAGGCCGAUGAGUUUGAAUUUAAAUGAUCCGUGUCAUUUAAGAUCCGCUGUUGCAAACGAUGCACACUGACUUUAAUAUGCUUUAUCAUUUUAUUUAUGUUUAGAAGGAAAUCUUAUCUUUUUUUUUUCUUUGAGUAUUGUUAAAAAAUGUGACGGUAAAAUGUAUUGAAAAAGAAACUGUCCUAAAUAACUGACUCAUUAAAUGUGGGCUUGAUUUUACUGU